UUUAAUUUAAAAACAAAAUGGCCGCGCUUACGGAUUCCGACUCGUCUGAAGAUGAAACUUUAACUCUGCGUCUGCAAGAAGCGGUUGUCACAUCAUACACACACAAGUUGUGUGAAGAAAAUACCUUCUCUAAGGCACAAAUAAGUAAUAGCCACAAUGCUUUUGACACUUCCAAGCCAUCAGCUGCAAUUGAAUGCACCUGUUAAAAAGUCACUGAGGGAAAGAGAAGAGGAAGAUUCUGAACAAGACUUGUGGUACAGUGUAACUCCUGAAGUCCGUUCUUUUAUUGCCAGGAAACUGACAGAAAUGCUGGAGAGAGAAACCAAAGUGAUUGUUCAAAAUACUCAGAAACAAGACAAAGAGCCACCACCACAAGAGACAGGCAUUCGUUUGUUUACCACGUCAUCACAUGUCUGCGUUCACCCCUCUGAUCCUGUCUUGCCAUCACCUCAGCAGCCAGGUCGGAAAUGCAGGAAAGUCAGCAGCAGUAGCAGUUCUGAUGGUUCUGAAGAUGAGCGUUUGGCAUCUGUUGCUGUCACUGAAGAGGACCUCAUGCAUGAGCGUGAAAUGUACAGGAACUUGCAGAAGUUGGACUCAGUAGACAUAAUGGACCAGACCAGCUCAUCGCAUUGUUCUAGCUCAGCACACCAAGUAAUCCAGGUCUCACAAAGUACCUCUGCUGUGUCUUCUGUUCAGCACAAUUCUCACAGCUGUGAUAAGUCAAAACAGGCAAAAGAACAGAUCCUGAAGAGAAAAGGCAAAGGACACAAUGCACACUUGUCAUCAAAAACUGGCUAUGAUGAUAAACUUGAAGUGAAACUCAGCAAUGAUUGUAGUAACGAAUACAGGAUGUCUUCAGAUGCCAGGCAAAAGCAGUCAGAUCCACAGGAAUCUGACACACAUAAAAAAAUAGCAACAGAAUCAAGUUUAUUAGUGCAUGGAGAACAAAAAAAGAAGAAGAAAGAAACAUAAAAAGAUUAAAUUGGAUUCUUUGACAGGAAAUGAACCAGAUCUCUCUGUGCAAAAAUGCAGCAGGGAAUGGUGGACAUCACAUAUUUGGUCAGCUGCAAACAAAAAUCAUUUGGUCAACAAGAAACAUAACAUACAGCAAUAGUUUUUUUCAAUCUGUCAAUGUGGCAUUCAAUAUUAUCCUUUCAAUGCUUGCUUCAAUGCAAGAAAAGAAUUCUAUUUUGGAAAAAAAAAUCUUUCUACAGUGUUGGGUUGAGCAUAUGAUAACAUGGGUGGAAGGCAGAUCAUAAACCAGUAAACAGAAAACAAAGCUUUGUUACGGCACAUAUGUAAAGAAAUCAGUCUUACUUCUCAGUCCUUUCCUACACACAAAUUUGCUAUCAUACAAAGCCUCAGCUACACACAACUGGAUUGAAAUUGAGGUUGGGCUUAAAUUAUAGAUACUGACAUUCUGAAUCACUCCUACUCAAACUUUAGAGUUUCAAGUUAACAUGGUAGCCAUUAGUUGUGCUUUGAUUUUAGGAAGUCCUCUAUGAUUCGUACUCUUUCAUGAUGGAAAACAAAUUGACCCUAAUUCCUGAUGUAUGAGGAACCAUUUGACAAGAAAGUCAUUCUUAUCAGUGUUCCCCACUUUUCUCAGCUAUUUCUUUCCUUUUCUCAGUUACUCCUCUUCGUACCUAAGACAUCCACUACAUCUUUUUUUUUUUAAAUCAACAGCAAAUUUACCCGUCCUGUUCCAGGGCAGUUUCUACAAACCUUUGCCAUGUUUCUUUUGGCUGACCGCGCUUCCUCUUGCCAUCAACUGUCCGAUGAAGGGCUAUUUUUUGUGGUGCUCUGGUUUCAUUCUGCACACAUUCCCUAACCGCUUCCAUCUUUUUUGGAUUGUGGUUGUCAUAUUUGUGAAGCUGGCUCUUGUAAGGAUUUCUUCAUUAGUAAUUAUGUUAGUCCAUUCUUAUUUUGUAUUCCUCCUUAGAGCUUUCUUUUAGCAAGGCAAAGGCUUGAUUUGCUUUGAUGAGUCUGUUCUUCACAUCAUUUUCUCUAUCGCCAUCUGUUGUUACUAGACUUUCAAGGUACAUACAUUUUUGGACUCUCUGUACUUCUAUUUCAAUUGUGAUGGGUUCUGUUGUGUUGGCAUUCUGUGUCAUUUCUUUUGUUUUACCUGUGUUUGCUUUAAUUUCUAUUUUUGGUUAGAUUGUUGAUCUUUUCCUGUGCGUCUUUGAGUUGGCUGGACAACAUAACCAUGUCAUCAGCAUAAUCUAAGUCUUCCAGUACAGAUGUGAGUGUCUAAUGGAUUCCUCUUUUCAUGUCUUCUGUUUGUUUCAUAAGCCAGUCCAUGGCCCAUAUAAAUAGGAACGGUAUUCCUUUCUGUACUUAGGUUCAAAAGUAUCUGGCACGAUUUUCAGAUCAUGUCAGCAUUUUUAUGACAGCACUUAGUAGAUAAAAAAUGAACCACGUGUCACUCAAAAACAUGGUAUACCAUGCAAGAGUUGUUUUAAACACAACUGGAUGUAAAUGUUUGGCUUACAAGCCAAAAGUUUGAGCUCAAAGAUUCAGAACCUCAGUUCACUUGUUUUUUCUUUAGACAAAUUGCUACUCCUUUUCCUCUGCAAGAGGUGUUGGUCAUGACUGCAUGUUUAAUUAAGCUUUAGAGUAAUGCAGCACCUGUUGCUUGAAAAAGCACUACAAUAUAAGAUAUUUUUGAUACAUUCACCUUCACGAGAUUCUACAGGCUUGCUCUCAAAUGAGAGGGCAAGGUACGGUAUCAAACCUAAAGGAUCCCUCCCUCCAGCAAAAUUGCUGGCAUAAAUCUAAAAUGCAUUUCAAUUUAAUAUUCUCAUUUAAAAGGCAGGAAUCUCACAACUAUGUAUCCAAGUUUUAUUGUUAAUUUAGAAAGACCAUGCACCUGAACUUUUAUCAAAUAAAUUUUAAUGUAGGGCAUGGAAUCUAAAGCAUUGCAUUUUGAAUAGUUAAUAAAAACCCAGGAGAUGAACUUAAUCACGUAUUCAUAGCAGACACUGGCCAAGUUAAAACUGAACUUCUCAGAAUGGGUGGAAUGGAAGAGGAUAGGCAAAUGAUUUGUUGUGAAUGUGAACUGUUAUGUAACUGUCCAGCAACAAUAUUUGGUGCGUUUGCGCCAUGGUCCAGCACCUGCACCAGGCCAAUUUUGCCAGCCACUUUUCUGUUAAACAUUGGAUGUUGUUAACAAAGCUCAACACAGGAAAAAACUGAAGUAAUUCUUGAUAGCCUCCAAAACAUACGACAUCACUCACUUUCGACUCUGUGUGGGGAAAUGCGCGUUAUAAAUCCUACCAUUAUUACUUUAAAACAUAGCUUGAUCACUAGUGUACAUGGCACCAUAUUCAAAGUCCUCACUACACUGGCCCAAACAAAAAAAUUAACUCAUGUCUGAAUGUGCAUAUUUCCUUUUUAUUUCCCAAAAGGCCACACUUGUGAUAAAAUACAAUUAUCAUUCACAAAAUACAAAACUGACAUCUGCUGUAUGCUUCAACCAUCUUGUUCCCAUGUGCUAAUUGCACUGAUGCUUGCCUAUUACCAUAUUCAAUUAUUGUAUUUAUAUCCAACCUGGUAAUCAUGCUGGGGCACAAAAUCAACCUGAGUCAAGGUCUUCUCAACAAAAUACAAUAUCCCGUAUCAACCCACAAAUGAAAAUAUACUGCACCAAAGGAGGUCAGUAAAACUUCAGUAAUUGUUCAGAUGCUCCAACACACAUGGCUCAUGACUAGCAUAGCAUAGAUAAAUUUAGUGGUGGUACAGUCCAAGAUAACUUUAUCCACCUUGGAAAAAAGUGAUCUGCACCUAAUCUGCAAUGUCAUCAGUUCUCUCCAGUGAUGCAAAACACUACAACUACCCCCAAAGAACAAGAGCUUCAUGGCUAUCAGAUGUAAAGACAUAUUGCAGCUUGGACUAAAAACAAGUGCCUCUUUUUAUUAUUUAAACAAGAGCAUCUUUUUCUGCAUAACCUAAGACACCGUCAUGUUUAAACAAUGGUGAAAGUAAGAAAUAUUCCUGAAUUUCUUAUUGGGACUUCACUAAAUUUGUAAACCAUUGAGUACACUGAUGGUAACUAGCUCUAUGGCAUAGAA